AUGGCAGCCUACAGCUGCCAGCCUGGCAUUGCGCAACUUCUGCUGCCACGUGAGCCACCUUGGCAGUGGCAGCAGCGUGGCCACCAGCUGCUGCAGCUGCAGCAGCAGCCAGACAUUCACGGGACCUUGCUUCGAAAAGGCGACAAGGCGAUGUUGCUUCCCAGGUGUGGUGAGGCACACGACACGGCACACGUCAUCUCGACCUUCAACGAGAACGCCUCAACCUUCGAGUUUCCGGCUCUAUCCAUGGAGAGCGGCUUCCGGGCAAGGACGUAUCAUUUGUGCUGGUGCCAGGUCAAUGGCAACUGCACUUCCGCGGAACAUUUCCGUGCCUUCUUCGGCCAAGUCCGACUAAUUUGCCCAGACAAGCAAGCAGAUUACAACAACGACGGCACAUGUUCGCUCUGCCCCUCUAUGCUCCAGAGGCCUGGGGGUAUGGAUGGUAUGGAAUGCCAGAUGCAUCUUUCGAGUCUUUUAGUGGCGCUCUCCUGGACCUUGAUCACCACUUUGUUUGUUUUUGCGUUGUGCGCCAGCGUGUCACUUGGCUUCCGCGGCGGAUCGCCUUCUCUGCAUGGAAAGCUCCGAAGGAUUGAGGACAUUUCAAAGGAGAGAGGAAAACUCACCAUCACCACGGCUGGCUUGCACAACCUUGCCACCUUCGGAAAAUGGCCAAUUCCUGUCACUCUUUGGCAAACUGGUCAUUACCUUCUGGAUUCCAAGCCAAGCAGACGACUCCAGCUCUACGUGCUCAUAAGUAGCGACCAGUCCCUUGAGAUCGUGGAUAAACGCGGGGAUCCAGCGUCUUUCAGAGCAGACAGUUCGAUGGGUGUUUUACAAAUCUCCUUCGCCAGGGCAAUGCUGAAUUCCUGCCUGCCCAAGACCAAGUUUCCACUCUUGGCGCAGUUGGUGCUGUUGGCGGCUGCCUCCAUCUCCCUGGCCAUCCUCUUGAACCCCCAAUCAUGGGAAAUGCUACUGGUUCUUGGAUCUUCGAUUUGCAUCUCGGUCCUUCUGAUAUCGAUUUGGAAGCUCACACUUCGAAGCUCCACCAGGAUGGACCAGCGCCUGAAGACCUAUGCCCGGGUGCUGCAGGAGCGGAACCCGUCGCCGCAAGCAUGUCCCAAAGGCCCCGGCAGAGCCAUCCUGGUUUGGGAUCUGCUGGACAUGUUCGAGCAUUUUCAAGCGCAAAUCCAAGAUCGGAACAUGUACUACAUCGAUCCUAAUAUCAUUCGGCCUUUGACUGCUGCCAAGCAGCUCUCCUACGCUGAGUUGGUCGGACCUCGAAAGGUACAAUGGUUUGUGAGCCACUGGUGGGGCACCUCGUUCUCAGUGUACUGUGAUGCCCUAAAGCGACAUGCCAAAGCGGUGAACGAGGACGACGAGGAUGCCUGGAAGAUGACCGCCUACUGGAUUUGCACCUUCUCCAACAACCAGUACCAAAUCGCUGAGGAGCUGGGCAAGUCCCAUGAGGAGUCUUCCUUCUACUUGGCUUUGCACAGCGGCGUUUGCAGAGGCACCUGCAUGAUCCUUGAUGAGAUGGCGAUGCCUCUGAAGAGGUCCUGGUGCUUGUUCGAGUUGCUGCAAACCGUCCAUCUGGAGAAAAGUCAGAUGGGCUUCACGGGCCUGCUGUUUUGCACCUCCAACGGCGUGCUGAACUUCGGGUCGAGCACUGUGGAGAUGUCCAUGCGCAUCGGCGAACGCCUGCUGGACUUAAGCCUCCGAGAUGCUGAGGCAACAACUGAGCAGGACAAGCAGAUGAUCACGGAUUUAGUGCUGCAGCUGGGACUUUGCAGAAACGCCACGGGUGCAACAGUCUUUUGGAACCUCAAGGGCCAAAACUCCGCGGGCGCGCUUGUAUCGCAGCAUAUGGCAGCAUAUCGUACUUGGGCGAUGGACACCCUCAAGAACUUCCACGAGGCGAUGGCCCCUUGCCGGUCGAGGCGGGUUCCACAUCGCUCCGAGCAGAUUCGCGCGGUGGCAGUGCCCUGCAGGAUCCUUGGUGUUGAUCCCAAAGCAUCGCAAGAGGAGAUCAAGAAGGCGUACAAACGGGAGGCCAUGAAGUGGCAUCCAGAUAAGCAGCCUGAGGAAAAGCGAGCGGAGGCACAGAAGCGCUUCAGUCAGGUGGCCAAUGCCUAUGAGACCCUGUCCAGCGCCGACAAGCGGCGCAUGCAUGACCUGGGCGGAGGAGGCAUGCCUGGCCAAGCGCCCGGUGCUUCAGGUGGUUUUGGUGGCCAGGGCCAAUACAGCCAGGCUUCUGCCGAGGAUCUUUUCCGGCAGGUCUUUGGCGGCGCGGGCUUUGAUGAGCUCAUGAUGAACCUGCACAAGCUCCAGGGCAUGCAGGACAAUGUACGCAACUUUGCCAACUUCAUCACCGCUGGCUCGAAGGUCAAGGUGCAUGGAAGCAAGAACUGGGUCCUGGCAGCCUGCCGAAGGGCUGGCAUUGAUGCCACCAACGAUCGCCUGAGGACACAAGCCUUGGGCAAAAAGGGCAGCGUCAUCAAGGUUGAUCCGAAGGAUAACACGGCCAAAAUCCAAGUGGACGGUGUUGGCGAUGUGUGGCUUCCUGCAGAAGCUCUGCAAAGUGACGCAGGACAACAUCCAGACCCAAUGGACGUCAUGCGGGGCUUCCGCACGACGCCCUUUCAAAGCUUCCACGGAGGACAGAGAAGUGGGGAGCAGCGAAUUACUUCACAGCAACUCGUGCACAAGCCCGAUGGUCGAACCGUGAUGCAAGUCUUUUCCAAGAUCAUUGGCCCGGAUGGCAGCGUGAGGGAGGAGGUUCAAGAAUUUGAAAUUCGUUGA